AUGUCAGGCACACAAAUCCCCGCAGAAGCGCCUCCCACCUAUCAUGAAGCAACGGGCUCUUCCAAUGCUUCGACAACCGCGAAUACCCACCCUUCCUCCCACCUGAACGUCCCCGGCGCUUCAUCCUCAUCUUCUUCCGUUCCCGAUGCAUACCGCCGCUCCAUGGAAGAUGAAGCACGUCCCCUUCCCAAAGGCUGGGUCCGCACCUUCGAUCCGGAGAGUGAACAUCAAUUCUUCGUCGACACCACCGUGGACCCACCACGAAGCAUCUGGCAUCACCCAUACGAUGAUGACGAAUACCUGGCCAAACUUCCCGCCGCGGAACGGGAGAGAAUCGAACAGGAGAGCAUGACUUCCUACCUCGGAAACGCGAAACAUGACCCGAGUAUGGAGGAUUACAUCCACUCACAUUCCGAUCUCGAUGACGAUGUCCCACACACAUCCGCCGCGGGGUCAAGCAGUACCUCGCAUGCCGAAUUACCACCUCGUCCAGAUGGAAAAGACAAGGGUAAAGGCAAAGAUCGUUCUUUCGGUCGGAAAUUGAAAGACAAGGUCACGGGAACCACACACGACGAGCGCCGGCGCCAGCGUGCUGCUCGUGAAGCAGAGGAGCAGAGGAUGUAUGAGCAACAUAUGCGGAUUCGCAAGGCCAUGACCAAGGCCUUGCAGACUGGUGAGCCGCAGCCUAUCGGAAAGGACAAGGAUGGCAAAGAGUUGUACAUUUCCCCACCAAAGCAGGGAUAUGGUGGCAACCCGUACGCGGGUGGCUACGGCGGUGGGAUGGGUAUGGGAGGGGUUGGAAACCCUUACAAUCCAUAUGCGAGUGGCAUGUAUGCUUCUCCGGGUAUGUACGCAAGACCUGGAUAUGCGUAUGGUCGGCCGAUGUACGGAGGUGGUGGGWAUGGAUAUGGCAGGAGACCUGGUGGUGGAAUGGGUAUGCCGUUGGCUUUGGGAGGUGGUUUGUUGGCGGGCGGUCUGUUGGGUGGCGCUUUGUUUUAG